AUGAUCGAGCACCUUGUGGAACACACGAAAACGCGACAUAUUAUGAUAACUGAUGAGGACAUGGACAGUUCACCGAAUCCAGCCUCAUCACCUCCCGGUGCCUCUAUUAAGAGCAAUGCCAGCAGCACUUCUGAACACACAAGCACGUCGGCUACUACUGGUGUUACUGAUUAUCCUGACAUACUCGCUCAAACCGAACAAGGUUGUACAGUUCUCAUCGACGGCAAUACACUCAGGGAACUAUUGAAUUCGUUUGAAUCACACGACGGGAAGCUCGAUCUCAUUCAGAACGUGAUCCGACAGCUAACAACGUUAAAAGAACGGCUAUCAAGUGAGGAGCUCACGAAAGAGGACAAGGAGGAACAAGCGGACACCUUUAUUAAAGACGAUCGCAACCAACAGAAAAUGCAGUCGGACAGUUUUGAUGAGAUGCUGCUCCGGCAACAGAUGCUCAUUCAUCAGCAAAAUCAGCAACGAAUUUUGGCGAUGAUGACCCAACCCAACCUUUCUUUGCUCUUCCCAGGAGCUCAUUAUGAGCAUUUGCUCGGAAACGGAAUGAUUAGUGCCGGAAUGCCCUCGCUACUUCAUCAGAAUCUGACCGCCUCGUUGGCCGCCGUUACACCGAAGCCGAAACCGGAAAAAGUCACUGACUGCCCACUCAACCUCACAAAAGUUAAAAGCGAAGAGAUCAGUAAGCCUAGCCCGGUGAUUCCAACGCUAUCGACAUCGCCGUUAACGCCGUCAAACAUUGUCGGCAGAAUUUCGUUCGGAAUGCCGCAUAACUUCGCUUCCGAUUCAUCGGCGUUCACAAACCAUUCACCGGCUUCAUCCGGAAAGAGCACCCCUGGAAAUGGUUCUCUACUCUCUUCACUCGAUCCUCCUACGAGCGUUCGAACUCAAGCCAAGUCACCCAAUCACAUCAAAAGGCCUAUGAAUGCCUUCAUGGUUUGGGCUCGCGAUGAGAGAAGGAAGAUCCUGAAAGCUCAUCCAGAUAUGCACAAUAGCAACAUUAGCAAAAUUCUUGGAAAUCGAUGGAAAUCGAUGAGUAACUCGGAGAAGCAACCCUAUUACGAGGAGCAAUCACGCUUGAGCAAGUUACACAUGGAACAACAUCCUGACUACCGUUACAGACCUCGACCAAAACGAACAUGCCUUGUGGACGGGAAAAAAGUUCGCAUCAAUGAAUACAAGACGAUGAUGAAAAAGAAGGAGCCAAGCUGGCCUGAAGAUCAAUCGAUAUCUCCGACAUCACAACUGGAUUUUGCGGGUUUGACUGGAGCAGCUUUGUUGGCCGACUUUGCCCAUCAUCAUCAAUCGCAUAUGUUACAGACAGCUGAGUAG